ACCCCGCCCUCUGGCGUCGGCUCGGUUCUCCUUCAUGUCGGCAGGACUUCAGUGUCUCAGCAGUGAAAGAUGGACCGCUGGAGYGGCAGAGUGGCUCUGGUGACCGGAGCUUCGGUCGGGAUCGGAGCGGCCAUCGCUAAAGAGCUGGUCCGGUCCGGGAUGAAGGUGGUGGGCUGCGCCAGGAGCGUGGAGAAGAUCCAGGUUGGAGAUGUUAUGUUAAGACCGGUAGAGGAGCACAGUGUGAAUUUAAUUACUGAAUGAUUCUCCCAGGUCAAUCAAUGUAACAACCAGAAUCACAAAUACAUGUCUGAUUUCAAAAUAAAGUUUGCAUCUCUCCAUCAUUA